CAUCUCCCUCACAUCUUUCUUCUCUAGUAUCCACAACUGCUGCAUUAUUCGAAACAGUAGAAGGGUCCAAGUAGAACGAGAUGACGUCCCCUGGCAACCACCACGAUGACCUUCCCACUCACAACCCCGAGUACCACCUGCUCGGCAGGGAGCUCGACCUGUUUUCACAGGCCGGGUUCGACAUGGACAAGAUCCACUUGAAACGCAAUGCAUCUGUCGCAGAGCUCUACGAAGAGGCCAUCACCAAGGAGGGCGCCAUCAUCUCUAGCAACGGCGCAUUGAUCAAUUUUUCUGGAAAGAAGACGGGUCGUAGCCCAAAGGACAAGCGCAUUGUCUACGAGGAAACCUCUAAAGAUGACGUUUGGUGGGGCCCUGUCAACAUCAAGAUGGACGAGCACACCUUCGAAAUCAACCGUGAGCGUGCUAUCGACUACCUCAACACCAGGGAGGACAUCUAUGUCUUUGACGGCUUUGCAGGCUGGGACCCCAAGUACCGCAUCAAAGUCCGUGUCAUCUGUGCCCGUGCCUACCAUGCGCUCUUCAUGCACAACAUGCUCAUCCGCCCGACGCGCGAGGAACUGGAGAACUUUGGCCAGCCAGACUUUAUCAUCUACAACGCCGGUCAGUUCCCUGCCAACCGUUUCACCGCCGGCAUGACAUCAACGACCAGUGUCGAGAUCAACUUCAAGCGCCACGAGAUGGUCAUCCUCGGUACCGAGUACGCUGGCGAGAUGAAGAAGGGUAUCUUUUCGGUCAUGCACUACCUGCAGCCCAUCAAGUUUGGCCAGCUGUCGCUGCACUCGUCGUGCAACCAGGGUCCUAAGGGCGACGUCACGCUCUUCUUCGGUCUCUCGGGUACAGGCAAGACAACGCUGUCUGCGGACCCGAACAGGAGCCUGAUUGGCGACGACGAGCACGUCUGGUCGGACACGGGUGUCUUCAACAUCGAGGGCGGCUGUUACGCCAAGACGAUCGGCCUGUCGGCAGAAAAGGAGCCCGAGAUCUUCAGUGCGAUUCGCUUUGGCUCGAUCCUGGAGAAUGUGUCGUACGACAAGAAUACGCGCGUACCGGACUACGAUGACGCGCACCUAACGGAGAACACACGCUGCGCGUACCCGAUCGAGUACAUUCCCAACGCCAAGAUCCCGUGCAUCGCUGACGCGCCCCCAAGCAACAUUAUCAUGCUGACGUGCGACGCAUACGGAGUGCUGCCGCCGGUGUCGAAGCUGACGGAGGAGCAGGCGCAAUACCACUUUAUCGCCGGCUACACAUCCAAGACGCCUGGGACAGAGGACGGGAUCGUGGAGCCGUCGCCGACGUUCUCGACAUGCUAUGGGCAGCCUUUCAUUGUGUUGCACCCGCGGCGCUACGCUGAGAUGCUGGCGAAGCGCAUGGCGCAGCACAAGUCGGACUGCUGGCUGAUCAACACGGGCUGGACUGGCGGCAAGUUUGGGACGGGCAAGCGGUGUCCGCUCAAGUACACGCGCGCGAUCAUCGACGCGAUUCACGACGGCUCGCUGGCGCAGGCCGAGUACGAGACCUUUGGGACGUUCAACCUACAGGUGCCCAAGGGGGUGAACGGGGUGCCGAGCAAUGUGCUGAACCCGCGCAAUGCGUGGCCGGACAAGGCUGCGUUCGACGUCGAGGUCAAGAAGCUGGGCGGUAUGUUCACCGAGGCGUUCCAGAAGUACGCAAAGGAGGUCGACCCGAAGGUGCUCGCUGCUGGCCCUCAGGUUUGAGUCGGUCAUCGCGCGCCAUCCUCCGCCCGUGCAACCACUGGGUACGCCGCCAUCCCUCGGGGAGCUAGUAACGCCACCACUUGUCUAGUUCGUGCGCCUGUUCCAGUUUCCCCACCGACAGACGCAGAGGAGUGCUAGAUCGCAUGCGAUUGCGUUGAGUCGGGGGUGUGGAUGUGGAAGCCGAACGGGGGAGUCUGUCUCCUGAUUUUGUCUGUGUACAGUACAUUUAUACGUCCCCUCCACAUUGGCUUUCGAAUGGAUGCACGAUGG